CUCAUCCCUCUAUCCUUACUACCAACACGGGCAUUUUGUCGCAAAGAUGGCGUCCGCAUCAGUAUACUACAAAUUCAAAUCCCAAAGGGAACCUUCAAGGAUCACCUUUGACGGUACGGGAAUCAGUGUUUGGGAUUUGAAAAGAGAGAUAAUCAUGCAAAACAAGAUGGGAAAAGGAUUAGAUUUUGAUUUAGGAGUAUAUUCUGCGGAUACGGAAGAUGAAUUCAAAGAUGAUAACUUUAUCAUUCCAAGAUCUUCUCAAGUGAUUGUUAGAAGGUUACCUCCUGCCAAGCCAGGCAGAGGAUCAGCGGCAAAGUAUGUGGCCGAUAUUCAAGGAGGAGGUGCGAAUAGCUCUGUACAGGAAAGAAAUCAACCCGCUGCUGGUCCUUCAAGAGGUCAGGCAUUUCGUGGACAGAUGAGUAUGCGAUUUGAUGGAAAGCAAGACGGACAGCCACAGCAACCAUCCGCAGGACCACAGGAAAUGGACACAAUCUCUGGGGUAGAGGGAGACGAAGCGUCCAAGAUUGCUGCUAUGUUUCAAGCAACGACCGAACAAUGGGAUGAAACACAAGAAAAGAUGGCAAAUGCAACCUAUCGUGAUCGACCAGGAGCACCUGCUCGUAAGCCAGCACGACCUAUGCAAGCUGGUGAAAUGAGCAGACCGCAAAUGCAACCAAACGUUCAACAUGAUCGACCACCUCCGAUUGGCUAUAUUUGUUUUCGAUGCGGUACAAAAGGUCAUUGGAUUCAUGAUUGCCCAACGAACGAAGAUCGAGAUUUUGAUAAUAAACCAAGAUUCAAGCGUACAACAGGUAUUCCAAAAAGUAUGUUGAAAACUGUUGAAGCACCACCAGAUGGAACGACACGCGAGGGAGUGAUGGUUACACCUGACGGAAGCUAUGUGAUUGCGCAAGUAGACUCAGCUUCUUGGGCACGUAAUCAAGCUCAUCGACAGAAGAGAUUGACAAAGUCGGAUAUUUACGGCAGUGUACCGAGCGAUUCAAAGCUUGCUUGCAUGAUAUGCAAUAAGCUACUUCGAGAUGCUGUCAAAACACCAUGUUGUUCCAACUACUUUUGUCAAGAGGAUAUCGCCACGCAUUUAUUGGAACACGACUUCAAUUGUCCGGAAUGUGGCAAACGAGUCAAAGAUCUUGCCGAUCUUCAACGUGAUGACGAAGUGCGUAAGCAGGUACGAGAGUACAUCGAUGCAGAGAUGGAAAAGAGUGAGAAGAAGAUGCAAGAGGCAGAACAAGCAGAGAAAGAUGAAUUGGAUAAAGCCAAACGGGAAAAGGAAGAAGUAGAAGCAGAAAGUAAGCCCGUUGAAGAGGAAACUGUGAAAGAAGAAGCAGGGCAAGAGGCAAAGGAAGAGGAAGGUGGUGAGGGAGAUGAGAACGGAAAUGGCGCAGAUGGUAACCAGAGUGAAUGGAAUGGUCAAACAGUCCAACAAAUCAUGAUGAUGCUUUGUAACCCGCAAUUGCCACCUCCGAUGAGGAUGCAGCUGCAAAUGCAAUUGCGAUUUUUGCACAAUCAAUUCACACAAGCAAAUGCUCGGGCCAAUCCUACAUCUUCCAUGCCUACCGGUGCACCUGCCGGACAAGGAUUUGGAAUCAUUGGUGCACACAACGUCAACCCAUUCGCAGGUCAACAUCAAAUGAACACGCCAAAUUAUAUGCCCUCGAUUGGUAAUAUGGGCAAUGUGGGCAUGAGAAUGCGCCUCUAA